GCCCCGCCUCUUCAGGGAAGAGUCUAUGGGGUGAGCAGCGGAGCGCGAGGAGAGGCUGAAGCCCUGUCUUCAUCAGUGUCGGACUGUCCUGGUGGUACUGAUGCUGCUCCCCCCUGCCUGUGGUCCCAGGAUGUGGUUGUUGUCUGCAGUAACCGUAUUGAUCUGUGGCCUUGCCACACAGUCACUGGAUGUGGCACAGAAAGCUAGACGAGAUCUUCAGGACGUCCGAUACACUGCAGACCCUGAAGACAACAUGAAUAUAAGUGAACUAAUUGAAUACAAAGGAUAUCCCAGCGAGGAAUAUGAUGUGACUACUGAAGACGGCUAUAUCCUAAAUAUCAACAGGAUACCUUUUGGUGUCAAAUCUCCAUUUACAGGACCCAAGCCUGUGGUGCUCUUACAGCAUGGCCUACUUGCAGAUGGCAGUAACUGGGUUAGCAAUCUUGCCAACAACAGUUUGGGCUUUAUCCUGGCAGAUGCAGGGUAUGAUGUGUGGAUAGGAAAUAGUCGGGGAAAUACGUGGUCUCGGAAACACAAGACUCUCUCUCCUGAUUCUGAAGAAUUUUGGGCUUUCAGCUAUGAUGAGAUGGCUUUACUUGAUCUUCCUGCAGUCAUAAACUUUAUAUUACAAAAAACCGGACAGGAGCAAAUUUUUUACAUUGGACAUUCUCAGGGAACCACUAUAGGAUUUAUCGCGUUUUCAAGUUUGCCCCAGCUGGCGAAAAAAGUGAAAAUGUUUUUUGGUCUGGGUCCUGUGGCUACAGUCAAGUUCGCCACCAGUCCAUUGGCAAAGCUAGGCCUUAUUCCAGAAUUCUAUUUCAAGGAGUUGUUUGGGAAAAGGGAUUUUUUCCCCCAGUCAUACGUCCUUAAAUGGCUUGUCACUAGCUUCUGCGACCAUGUAGUGAUAUGGGAGGAAAUGUGUGGCAAUGUUUUCUUUAUUAUAAGUGGAUUCAACGAAAAGAACCUCAACAUGAGCCGGUUAAAUGUAUAUGCAACCCAUUGUCCCGCAGGAACAUCUGUGAAAAAUAUGAUCCACUGGGCCCAGGCAGUAAAGACUGGAGAACUGAAGGCAUUUGACUAUGGAACAAAGGGCAAUAUUUUUCAUUACAACCAGACUACGGCUCCUUUAUACAGUGUGAAGGAUAUGACAAUUCCCACAGCCUUAUGGAGUGGGGGCAACGACUGGUUGGCUGAUCGCAACGAUGUAUCUUUAUUGCUAAGCCAAAUCAGUAAUUUGGUAUACCACAAAGAGCUGCCAGACUGGGAACAUCUGGAUUUUAUCUGGGGCUUGGAUGCUGCAGAUCGUAUGUACGGUGAAAUCAUUCACUUCAUGAAGAUCUUCUCCUAAACUCUUGUUUCGGGUGUUUGAAGAAACCGUGUGCAGAGCAUGGAAAAGAAAAAUGUUACCUUAUUGACAACUUGAAGAAAACUUGAUAUGAACUGUAGCCAUACUAUAUACAUUACUAUGCAAUUCAUAGGAGCCUCAUUUACAUGCAGGAAUUUCAUAUCUUUUUUUACAAGUGAAAAAGCUUUGCAUUUCUUACCAA